GUCGUUCUCAUCACCAGAGGAACAGCAACACCUCUUCUACGUGCAAGUCUAUCGUCAACACAGCCAUUACCUAAUAUGAUACAAACUGAAAACAUAACAAAUAUGCGUAGCUAGCGUUUGGUUAUAUAUUGGUUAUAUACAGGGUUGUGUUAGGGUCAAUUACAUUGCGAUUAUUUUGGUGUGCUUAUUUUAGACAGCGUUAGCCGCGGUAGCCUGGUGAGUCUCGCGGACCACGGUAAGGCAGCUGUUAGCUGCUACUUAGCUUUAGCUAUUAGUAAGCUUUAGAAACUCAUGUCUAAAAGUAUUGGGGUCACAAUGUAAAGCAUAUUAUGUGGUAUUUUGGAGGGCCUUCACGUAAUGUCUGAUCGUUCAGAGGCAGAGUUUUAGCUAAAUUUACCAUGUGAGCUAACCUAAGGCACCUGCUAAACCUUUAGCAUAGCGGCUGGUUUCAGCAUGGGCUGUAACACCGUUCGGUGGUGUGACUAGCUUUAUGACAUAGCCUUUUCUCGUCCUAAGCAAUAUCGGGCGAAUAUGGAGCUGUGAAUUUCUGUCGAAUGUCUUUUAUGACAAACUCGGUUAUUGAUCAAUUAUAAAAGUACCAAAUACGGCCAGUUUAUGAUUUACUAGUCCUCCUCCGCUCCCCCUCCGUGCAACGUCCCAUGUUUUUGUGGGAUGAAACGUCCCUGUUUUUGAACAUAUUCGUUGAAGCUUGCGCAGAAACUUUGCUUUAACACUUGUAAAGCGGUUUAAAGAUUAUACUGUCAAAUCCUCGUAUAAUCUCCAUAGAUUACUACCUAAUCUCGAAACUGUUCUUUUCUUCCAGGUUGACACAAUGUCAAGAUCUCACUCACGAUCUCCAUGUUACAGGAGGUUUCCUUGGGAGGAACCUAACUUCGAUCCUCACCAUGCCCUUACAGAACUGGAUGGGGAAACCCUGGAUAGGAACAAAAAAUUCAGAGAAUAUCCUGUGAACUAUUUCAGGGAAGACAUGUAUCCAGAAGGCCGAAGAAGAUCCUCCCAUUUCCCUGAUUACCAUAAUUUAAGGCAUAGACCUCACAUAGACCAUGAGGAGUUCUACCACAGGAGGCCGCCACCCCAUCAUGAUGUGAUGCACUAUGAAGACCCCAGGCUUUCUCCACUGCAUGACGGGAGAGGUGAUGGAGACAGACACAGAGGAGAGUUUACAGAAGACCUCCAGAGUUUUGAAAACCGGGGGAGGUUACCCCAGUCGCCUAAGAGGAUAGCGAGGGAAAGGCUACCACCAAUACCUAAGUCUCACUCAGACCACCAACAAAAUGAAUUGGCGAUGGGCUGGAGGAAAGAGGAGCAGGGUAGAGGUCGAGGACGAUUCAUAGAUAACACUCCCAGUACAAGAUCAGAUGAAGAAAGAGCUGGAUCAGACAGGGAAAGGGGAAGGAGUGAACAAGGUCCUAAUAAAAGCAGACCAAGGGAGAACCCACAUCACAAGCGGAGCCUCCCUCUUAAAAGACAAAGAAGAGAAAUGGAUGACUCCAAUCGUCUUGGGUACAGGAAUGAGGAGGACUUUGGGGAAGAGGGUUACUCAAUGGACACACACAGAGAUGGGUCUGGAGGAGACACCUGGGGUAAACGCCCCCUUGGAGAUGUUUGGCAUUCAGGCUCACACGUCAUGGAAAGUGGCACUGUUCACAGCAUCGUAGACCGCAGAAAACUACCACGGAGGGAACACUUUGACGGUCGCAGAGAUUUUGAUCGUCAGAGGACUCUUCGUUCAAUGGGUUUCAGGGUGUUGGAGAGCAGGUUGGAAGAUUGGGAAGACUCAAGAGAAUGCCAUUUUCCAAUUAAUUUCCAAGACUCCAACUAUCAUGAAACUAGGAGGAGUCCAAAAUCACUGGACAAGCCAAACUCCAUGCGAUAUGGUAAUCGAGUCGGACCCAUAGACCAGGAGGGAAGGGGUGGUGCUCACCUAGUUAGAAAGAAAUACAAUCAAAUUCAAUUUGGAAGAACGGGACAUCCUAGGAAUCAACCAUUCUUACAGCAGUGCUCCCAGGGGUACCAAGAUCUUCCUCAUGAAGAGCAGAAGCCAGGGUAUCAACCCUUCAAGAAACACUAUGAAGAUCCCAUUGAAGGGAAGCCCAAGUGGGCAGGAGAAACACAAUGGGACCAUGACAGGCCUGUAAGUCUGGAUCGACAACUAUCAAAGGAAAGCGUCAACCCUAAAAUGCCACCCCAGAGGGAACGUGGACGGAAUGAUCAGAAAACCAAAAACAUGGUCAUUGUGCCUCAGGAAACACUGACCAUCAAAGUGGAUAUGAGUCGAUCGUUGAACCAGAACAGCUCGCUGUGUUACUCCUCAGACAGACAGCUCUCUUUAGACCUGGUCAAUGUGGGUCGACAGCGUCUGGACUUCCUGCCAAUGCUGGAGCACUCUGGGACUUACCAGGAGUCUGCAGUGCACACUGGGACGUUUGCCCAAGAAAUCAUCACUCUCGUGCACCUUGUCCGAGAUCAGUAUUUCAGAGAUGGUGGCCCCACUCUGAAUGAGCGUUUCUCAGUUCCACAAAAGGGUGGCUACGCCGAAGAAGAGUUGGAGGAGCUGACAUUGGAUGAGAGGUUCAGUUCCAACAGAGGCUUCAAUUUAGACAUGAACUCCUUACUUGACGAUCAUGAACCCUUGUUUUCAAGAUUGGGACCCAUGCAGGGUUUGACCCAGCAGCCAGUGCGAGGACCAGGGGACCUGAGGCACGACCUGGAGAGAAGGCGACAGGAGAAACUGGAGGGGGUUAAAGUUACAAUACCAGGGAACAGUACAUCACAGCACCUCCUUGGACCAGUCAGUGACAAGGUCAAGGUGGCUCAGGUGGACCAUGAACAAUUCUUCAGCUGGACAGAGGAGCAGAGCAGGCGAAGAGAAAGCAAGAUGGAACCAAGGCGGGGAGGUUCCAACAGAUCAAACACAGGCUUCCAACGCAGGAACAACCGCUUUAGCAAUCAACGACCAAACGUCCACAGUAACCCUGCAGGUCCAAACUGGUAGUCGGACCGUGGAAACGUAUUCUGUUUGGAUGUUGCUGAUUUGUUCAUGACUGAUAACACAAGUUGUAAAAGACAGCCUAUUAAAGGGAGGAUUUAGUCCCUGUGUUAAUUUUCUUCUUAAGCACAGUGCUGACCUAUCAAACUGUGAAGAAGGCAGUCAAUCGUCUUGAUCCUUCACCUUGUCUUUGUCUUGUUACAGCUUUCACUUUAUUUCAUUUUCAUUUAGAUGUUUUAAAUGAGUUGAUUAAAAAUGUUAAUGUCAAGAGAAAUUAAUUGAUAGUACAUAUAUAUUUUUUGUUGCCAUCAGAUCACUAAACCAUCCUAUGACCCGGAUUCACCCGGACUUCUUUUAAGAAUCAUGUUCAUGUUGCUAAUAAACAGAUGUUCUAUAA